AUGGGAGCCAAGGACGCCAUAAAAAACUCAUUCACUGUUGAUGAUAAUGUGGUGAGUGCUCCUUGGGUCAGGCCCACAGCUCACGGCACGCCACACUGCACUCCACCAUGGCACACCACACCACAAGCCACGGCAUCACACCCCCUGGGAGUCAACGUGCAUCUGAUGGGCGCCAAGGACGCCAUCAAAAACUCAUUCACUGUUGACGAUAAUGUGGUGAGUGCUCCCUGGCGCACGUGGGCGCUACUAGAGGGCACGGAGGACAGAGUAGCAUGGGCGCUGGAGGCAGGAGAGUGUGACUCUGUGGUUAACCUUCAAUUCCCGCUCUUUCUCUAUAAACCCCUCCUCCAGCGCACGUGGGCGCUACUAGAGGGCACGGAGGACAGGGUCGCAUGGGCGCUGGAGGCAGGAGAGUGUGACUCUGUGGUUAACCUUCAAUUCCCGCUCUUUCUCUAUAAACCCCUCCUCCAGCGCACGUGGGCGCUACUAGAGGGCACGGAGGACAGGGUCGCAUGGGCGCUGGAGGCAGGAGAGUGUGACUCUGUGGUUAACCUUCAAUUCCCGCUCUUUCUCUAUAAACCCCUCCUCCAGCGCACAUGGGCGCUACUAGAAGGCACGGAGGAGAGGGUGGCAUGGGCGCUGGAGGCUGUGGGGCUGAAGCACCUGUCGAGAGAGCCAGCCAGCAUUCUCAGCAUGGGACAGCGCAAGCGUCUACAGCUGGCUCGGCUGCUCGCCAUUCCCCGCUCUCUCUGGCUGCUGGACGAGCCCUCCGUGGGGCUGGACGUGGGGGGUGUGGCGCUGCUGAUAGCGAUAAUGCUGCCCUUGCUUUCCCCCCCACCCCCCCCACUCUUCCACCUCUGUCAAACAGCGCAAGCGCCUGCAGUUGGCUCGUCUACUAGCCAUCCCGCGUUCCCUCUGGCUCGCAAGCGCCUGCAGCUGGCUCGGCUGCUCGCCAUACCCCGCUCAUUGUGGCUCCUGGACGAGCCAUCAGUCGGGCUGGACCUGGCUGGCGUUGAGCUGCUAGAGGGGAUGAUUGAGGAGCACAGGGCCUUUAGUCCCCUCUUUUCCCCUCACUCCCCCGCCAUUCCCCCGCUUCCACCAGCGCAAGCGCCUCCAGCUGGCGCGGCUGCUCGCCAUACCUCGAGCACAGGGCCUUUAGUCCCCUCUUUUCCCCUCACUCACCUGCCAUUCCCCCGCUACCAGCGCAAGCGCCUGCAGCUGGCUCGGCUCGUGGCCAUCCCGCGCUCAUUGUGGCUAUUAGACGAGCCAUCCGUAGGGCUGGACCUGGCUGGCGUUGAGCUGCUGGAGGGGAUGGUUGAGGAGCACAGGGCCUUCAGUCCCCUCUUUUCCCCUCACUCCCCCGCCAUUCCCCCGCUUCCACCAGCGCAAGCGCCUCCAGCUGGCGCGGCUGCUCGCCAUACCUCGUUCCCUCUGGCUAUGAGAUGA